CUAACAACCAGCUACAUCCAUUUUACUAUUACUACUAUUCAAGUGGUCGCAGGACUCCGAACAUGGAAAAUUUACCUUCCAAUCCAGUGCUUGAAUUUAAUCCGAACCAAUUACAUGAAGUGAGGGUUCUGAACGGCUAUGAAGAUGCGAAGCAAAUGAGUCAAGCCAUAGAUGUUCUCGAUGAUUGGAUUAAAAAGCAAAAUCAUUUCGCAUUCAAGGAUUUUGAUCGAGAGUAUUUAGAACGACUGAUCAUUAACAACAAGGGUUCCAUAGAGCGUGCUAAGCAGCGUUUGGACAGAACCUGCACUCUACGGAACCUCAUGCCAGAAUUAAUGUGCAACAUUGAUAUUUUGAAUGACUUCCAGAAUUUACGUAAAAUUUUACAUGUUUGCGUCUUCCCGAAACCUACAAAGGAUAACUACAGAGUCGUAUAUGAAUCGUUCAUUAAAUCUGAUGAUAGUUAUAAUAUACUGCAUACCUUCCGAUACACUUAUUGGUUCUUUCAGUACAGCCUCUUCACCGACUAUUGCGCGGGUAUUGAAUGCGUUGUCGACCUGAGAGAGUAUAGCUUCAGUAUGUUGAGCACAUUAAGUUAUACUGACACGCACAAAGGCCUUAUGAUGCUGAUGCAAACUUUCGGCAGCAGAUGUAGAUCGCUUCACUUCAUAUUUUCGAAUAAAGUCCUAGAUGGAAUUAUAACGCUACUUCGGAAGUGUUUGAGCGAUAAGUUGAACAAGAGGAUACAUGUGCAUAAUUCCUAUGACACAAUCUGGCAAUUUGUAGACAAAUCUGUGUUCCCAGUGGAAAUUGGCGGGGAAUACAAGAAGACUGUAAAUGAAAUAAGUGGUUCUCCAAAAUGACAUCGUUAAGGAAAACUUGGACAUUGUAAACAAAUUAAUUUACAAAACAACAAAUCAGUAGGUAUCAUGUAGGUAUACAAAGUCUCCUCGAGAAUAUUAUUAUGUUCUUCUUAAGACGAAACAGGAGCUGAGUUUUUAACAUUUUAGGUAAAUAUACCCGUCUCGCUAACGGAAGCGGCUCCUAAAACUAGUGUGAUAAGGACAAGGCGAAAAAUCCUAAGUAAAAUCUCAAAAAUCGAGGUUUCGUACUCGACUGUUUCCUCCUCCAAAACUUAACCAGUCGUAACCAAAUUUAGAAAUCUAAAUGAUUAUGAAAUUUAUCUAUGUCGGACCGUUUUGCUUUUUUGGCUAAUUGAUAUCAGUUUUGAAUACUACCUACGCCUUAUUAUAUUAUUAUUGCGGCAUAGUCAAUGAGGCCAUUUUGGCCAUUUUUGAAGGGCUCUAGUGCCUUAAAAAACAAAAAUUUCAAAAAAAGCAAAACGGUCCGACAGAGAUAUUAACAAAAUUAAUCUGUGUUGAAAAAAUCAUUGCUCUAGCAUCAAAACCCACGGAGGAAACAGUCGAUUACGUUUGUAUGGAGAAAUUACCACUCCUGUUGGCUCUUAAUUUAUAAAACAACAAAUCUUAUUAUGUUCUUCUAAAGGUUGCUACUUAAAAUUUAUUGUACAGUUCCGUGAUUGGCACGAGAGGCUACGCGUAUCUGCGGGUAGAG